AUGAACACUUCAAGAUGUUCAAAAGGAAGCGAACCAUUUUGGCUCCAAGGUUUAGCCCUCAACAAGCUUCAUAAAGAAGUCUUUUGCGAAAAAUGGUGGAAGUUGAAGCCAGGUACCCGGGCAAAACAAGGAGAUAAAGCUUCAACACUGGGAAACAUAUUAGAAAAUAAGGUGAAGAAGGUCAAAAGUUUCUCUUUAGGAGAUGAUAGGCAAGACAAGUCAUUGGCCAAGUUCACGAAAGGUUCAAAGACUACUAAAAGUUAUUCCAAUAUUCAUGUGUUUAAAUGCACCAAGAAGCGGGAAGAACUAAUUAAUCUAACUCCUGUGAAGCGUGAUGAUCCUCAAGGAUACGCAGUGAAGAAUGUUCUAAAGCUGCAAGAAAAGAAGGAAAAAAAAUGUAAGCAUACUCACAAAGAUGCAGCCAAAUAUCUGAAAGAACAGGGAAUGUGCUUGUCUCACGAGAAACCUUUUGGUCAUAUACCUGGUGUAGAAGUUGGUGAUGUGUUCAUAUUCAGGGCAGAACUUGUGGUCGUUGGCCUUCAUUGCCACUUGAUGGAGGGCAUAGAUUACAUUGCGCUCGAUGGGAAAAUCUACGCUACAAGUAUUGUGAAUUCGGGGUGCUAUACAAAUGAGGUUAAAUCAAGUGAUGUUUUGGUGUACUCAGGGCAAGGUGGGAAUCCACAUUUCACUCAUAAACUUGUUUAUCAAAAACCUGAGAAGGGCAAUCUAGCGCUGAUAAAUAGCAUGGAAAUUGGAUAUCCCAUACUACUCACUACUAAAAGAGACAAGUGGAAAGAAUUGAAGGUUUUGGGUAUGAGGAAGAAGGACAAUACCAUAUAUGUUCAUGAUGGACUAUACACUAUACAUAGAUGUUGGCAACAGAGGGAUCAAUAUGGCAAGAAAGUGUUCAAAUUUGCAUUACAUAGAAUACUAAACCAACCGAGAACUCGCCAAGGCAAAGCGAAAUCAAUGAAACAAGUGAUGCCAAAUGAAGUUUGCAUUAUAAAUGAUAUAUCGUACGGGAAAAAGAAGUUGCCAAUAUGCGCAAGGAAUGGUGUGGAUAAUGAUCGGCCACGAUCUUUCACUUACAUAACCAACAUUAUGUAUUCCUCUUGGUACAAAUGCAUUCAGCCUAUUGGUUGUGAUUGUGUUGGUGGCUGCUCGGAUUCUCAUCCAUGCACUUGUGUUUCCAAAAAUGGAGGUGAAAUCCCAUUCAACAAGAACAAUAUGAUUGUCAAAGCUAGACCUAUUGUGCAUGAGUGUGGCCCGUCUUGCACAUGCCCCCCUACUUGUAUGAAUAGAGUCACCCAACAUGGCCUUAGAUAUCGGUUCGAGGUAUUUAAGACCAAAACUCGAGGUUGGGGUUUGAGGUCAAAAAGCUUCAUAUCAGCCGGAAGUUCUAUAUGUGAAUACGUUGGGGAAUUGCUACAAGACAAGGAAGCUGAACGAAGAAUUGGUAAUGAUGAAUAUCUAUUUGAUAUUGGUGUUGGUCGCGGUGAUGAUGGAUUUACUGUUGAUGGUGUCAAGUUUGGGAAUGUCGCGAGAUUUAUCAACCACAGUUGCUCCCCUAACUUGUACGCUCAAGAUGUUCUUUAUGAUCACGGUGACAAGAGAAUGCCACAUAAUAUGUUCUUUGCAUCCAAGAACAUCCCUCCUCUAAUGGAACUUUGUUAUGAUUACAAUAAUAAGGACUCGGUUUGUGAACAUAACGGAAAGAUCAAGGCGAAAGAUUGCCAUUGCGGUUCAAGACAACGCACCGAUAGGAUGUAUUAGAAGUCAUAGUUCAACCUUAGUUCUUGUGGUUCUCUGAGGAUUACCAAAAUACUUGAAGUGCAUCUUGCAUUCAGCAGCAACAAUCAUGUUUCCCCCUGCUUCUACACGAUUCAGAGUUUUCAGCGCUGCAAGCUUUGUUUCAUUGCUGUAAUUACCCUUUUCCAACUUACAAGAACUGUGUGAGAGAACUUGAUCUCUUCUUUUGAGUUCUUCAUAUUUCCCGUACUUUAUGUCAAACAGAUCUAUAAAUUCUUUAGCAUCCGCCAUCCUGGCAUCAAGAUGUCCCAAAAUUUAAGUUGAUGCUCCCGGAACUUAUUUUUGGCACCAAUCUCAUUGCCAUUAGCCAACUUCAAUCCAUCACAAUCCUCGUAUGAGCCGGUUGAAACUGUGAUGGAAUAUCAUCCUAUUCAAGAAAAAUAUCUUGCACACAAUGGUUUAAAAUAUAAAAAACUAAAAAUAAAAAUAAAUUGAUAAU